AUGAAUUGUACAGACGCAGGGAUGAUAUGUGUUCAUCUAGAGGUCAACCCGUUUGAGGGAAGUGGCCAUGGGACCUAUAAAGGAUGCAUUGCCCCAAGCUCCUGUACACCGUUAAUUCUCACAAUGAGCUUCACAACUGACAGACAAGUCCGGAGCAACCUGGCCUGCUGCUCAACAAGUGGCUGUAAUGACCAGCUGGCUCUAAGUGUGCCUGCAGCCAGUUCUCUGAAGAAUGGAGUGUAUUGUCCAGCCUGCGCAAACCAGAACAAGAGUUUAUGUGAAGGCCAAGUUGACCUCCCCUGCACAGGAGCUGAAGAGACGUGCAUCAGCCUCGAGGGAGUAUCUAUCGGGAAGCGGGAUCACAACUUCUCUAUGAGGGGCUGUGCUACGCCCAGCGCCUGUACCCUGAAGAAGAAUGACCUUGUGUCCUUUGAAGGCGACGUCUACACGCUGACACGAAACGUGACUUGCGGAAACAGGGGAAGCCUAGAUGCCCUUCCCUCUCUAGCCACCAUCUUCUUCCAGGUCAUGGUUGGGCUUCUCUUUUGUCCGAGUCUUGUGGAAGGCACCCCAUCGUAA